AUGGAAAUACCAACUUUACCAUGUGAAGAGAUCAGAUUUUCUUCCAAUGGGUCUCAAUUUGUCACAUCAUCACUUGACGGAAGUAUAAAAAUAUGGGACACAAUUAAUGAAGGUUGUAUAAAAACCAUUGAAAAUGCUCAUGAUGAUUCAACUGCUAGAUUAUGGGAAGCCAAUAGUGGAAAAUUGAUUUUGAAAUAUGAAGGUGUUAAUCAAUCCUUACAGACAACAUUUACUUAUAAUGAAGAUUAUGUUCUCAGUAGUGAUGAAUUAGACAAUACAAUCAUUUGUUGGGAUUCACAUACAGGUCUUUUAUUUAAAAAAUGGGGAGGUGAAAUAUACAAAUCUAAAUAUUGGUAUAUUUAUGAUAUGGGAACAAGAAAAAUUAAACCAAAGUUUUCUUUAAUAGGACAUACAAAUAUUAUAUGA